UGUCGUGCAUGCAAAAGGUCCUUAUGGGUUAUGGGUCCUUUUGCAUUUUCGCGGAAAGUGCAGUAUCAAGAGCCGGAAAAUUAAAAGUAGCAAUCGGGAAUCAUUCAUAAGAGUUGUUCUUUGCUUUAUCAGUGCAAACAAUGUUUCAAAUUUAUUGCUGGUAAGUUGAAUAAACAUUACUUUUAGGCUGAGCAAAUGUUUACCUUACACUUUUUCACUACAGGGGCAGCCAAAAUAAGUUAGGACCUUUGGUGUGUUUCCGCACUCCCUGGGUUUAGCGGAGGCACCAGAUAGUAACCAGCGAUGAACAAUCAACGUUCGAGAAUGCUUUCUUAAGGACAGUCUCAAGUAGCCCGAUUCCGCAAGCCUCUGAGCGGGCACUCCCACAUGUCACGGCUGCUUCCUGCCACUGCUAGUAUUAAAUUCGGUAUCUGAACAGGAAAUUGCGAAGAAUUGUAAUGUUACAAUAUUUUCGUAUUCGGGCAACGUUGUACGUGUUGGGAACAAACCGUCGGCCACCUGCAUCAAUCACCGAGCAGCAUCACAGUUGCGGAGCGGAGAGGCUGGUCCACCCAGGAAGGCGAGACACAAGGUGGUGCAAUCACUACGUGUCACGAGGUAGGAGGUAGCAUAAGGGGGUGGGACGUAGUCCCUAGUGCGCGCAAACCCAAGACCAUUCAAAUCAAGCUAACUUAAUAAACGUGGGAGGUUUCGAAACAGAUAAGGUGUUUUCUUGGCUAGCCGAAUCGUCUAUUAGCUUAAGCCGACCCUGAGGCAUAUAUAGGGGAGUUUCAGCACCGCUGAACCCGCUAGCCGCCCCAUUCGUUAUAUCCGUUACCGCAUCCUCGAGUGAAGCCGUAUGUACGACCGUUUACGUUUACCGGCCUGGACUACUUCGGCCCACUGACGGUCAAAAGGGCGCGAAGCUCGGUGAAACGCUGGGUAUGCCUGUUUACCUGCCUCAGCGUCAGGGCAAUACAUCUCGAGGUCGUCUAUUCGCUGUCGACGGAUUCGUGCAUCAGAGCAGUUCGCAGGUUCGUACCCAAAAGAGGUCCACCCCAACACUUCUUCAGCGACAACGGCACAAAUUUUCGCGGGGCGUCGAGAGAGCUUAUCAACGAAGUCAAAGCCAUCAACCAGUGUGCAGCGAGGACCUUCACUAAUGCUUCCACCGAAUGGCAUUUCAAUCCCCCCUCGACUCCCCACAUGGGAGGGGUCUGGGAGCGCAAAGUAAGAUCGGUCAAAGAUGCACUGAAAACCAUAGCUCCUCGCAGCCCACUUGACGACGAAGAACUGAUGACCCUUUUGGCUGAGGUCGAGAUGAUAGUGAAUUCACAUCCGUUAACAUUCGUUCCACUUGAUUCACCAAAUGCUGAAGUGCUCACACCGAACAGUUUCCUGUUGAUGAGUUCAGGCGGAAGUAAUGCAGCGAAAGUGCCGAUAGAUGAACCGACGGCGCUGAACACGAACUGGAAGGCGAUGGAUUACAUGCUGGAUCAAUUUUGGAAGCGGUGGAUUGCGAGUUAUCUUCCAACCAUAGCGCGUCGUACCAAGUGGUUUCAUGAUGUGAGACCCCUACGUGAAGGAGACCUAGUGGUGAUAGUCGACGAAAGCGUUCGGAACGGCUGGCUUCGUGGAAGAGUGUUGAAGACGUUUCCUGGAGAAGAUGGACAAGUUCGGCAGGUCGACGUAGCUACCAGUACAGGGAUUCUUCGCCGUGGGGUAGUUAAGGUUGCAUUGCUAGAUGUAUGUGAAGGUAAAGCCCCCUAAAGUGGGCGUUACGGGGUGGGGUGUUGCUACGGCCCUGAGAGGGUGAAAUUAGGGGGAACAUCAAACCCAUUUUGUGACAGAUUAGUUUGACAGUUUGAUAGUUAGACAGGUAAGAAGAGAAAGGAGAAAAGAAAAAGUAGGAAAGUCGGAAAAAAUUGAAAAACGUGUUUGAUAGAUUGGUUGGUGAAAAUUCUAGUUCUGCUUGAAAAUUGUAUUCUCUCGUGCCGAAGUGCAGCAUUUUCUUAGCUGAGUUUGAUGCUAUUCUAGCAAGAUUCCGAUCAGUAGGUAGAUUAAACGUAAGUUAUGAUAAUAUUCUCCAAAUAUCAAAUACGAUUUGCUAAUUGAAGAAAUGUGUUCCGAUUAGGUCGAAUUCACUGCCGUGAAUUGUCGUUCCCGGAUAGAUAUUGUAUUUGCGAAAUAUCUUGCUUUAUAUUCUCCAUCAGAUCGUAAGUAACCUUCUUUGUUAUAAAAACACCUGAAAGUAACUUUAUCGUAACUUAACAGGAGUCCGAAUCCGGAACUGAUUGUAGGAUCUUCGGCAAACUCGUUUUGAUCGAAGAGGAAGACUUAUUUGUAAGUAAUCUGGUCUCAUGUUUAUUAACAGCAUUGUAAAUUAACAAAGGAAUAAAUUUUCUAGUUGAGUCACGUCAAAUACGGACUACAAAAAGUCUACAAGGGGAAAUGGGCGAAUUCGCUUCAGUCCAGCUGCACUGCUGCCAGCUGUGAUAUUUACGAACAGAGUGAGCUCAAGUGUAAACAAAGUGAGCAUAUUUAUUAGGUUUUUCAAACAGUUAUUUCAAUAGUUUAAAAAGGUUUUUUUGGUCCGU